AGCAACGCCCCCGGCGCCCCGCGGCGCCGCGAGAUGCCCCGCGCCCGCCCCCGCGGCCGCGCCGGCGGGCUCCUCCUAGCCGGCGCGGCGGCCGCCUGGAGCGCCGGGCGGGCGCCCUUCGUGGCGCCGGGAGCGCCGCGGCGGGGCGGGCGGCCGCCGAGGACCGCCGCGGCAGCUCCAGACCCCCCAUGGCGUCGUGAUGUUCCAACCUACUUUAGUCCCCGGAAAAAGUCAUGGCGUCGGGGGUUUGGCUCGGGCGUGGGGUGGGAGGGCGCCAUGGCGGACGACGCGCAGCGCGGGGAGGAGCUGGCGGACGCGCUCCGCCAGGCCAGCAUAGAGACGCUGGCCGACUACGGGGCCGUGGCGGAAGGCUACGCGGCUGGAAACGCCAACCACGACGUGUCGCAGAAUGUCAACGCUCUGUUGCGAGCGCUGGAGG